CAGUAGUUGAAAAGUGAACUCGACUCGUGAUGGUUCUCCUGUCACUUUGGUUGAUAGCAGCCGCUCUGGUAGAGGUUAGGACUUCAGCUGAUGGACAAGCUGGUAAUGAAGAAAUGGUGCAAAUAGAUUUACCAAAAUUAAAGAGACAGAGAGAGUAUGAGCUGGUGACUCCAGUCAGCACAGAUUUUGAAGGACACUAUCUCUCCCAUAUUCUUUCUGCAAAUCACAAAAAGAGGUCAACGAGGGACGUGUCUUCCAACUCUGAGCAAUUGUUCUUUAACAUCACAGCAUUCGGAAGAGACUUUCAUCUGCGACUAAAGCGCAACACUCAGCUGGUAGCUCCUGGGGCUGUUGUGGAAUGGCAUGAGACCUCUCUGGUGCCUGGGAAUAUAACCAACCCCAAUAAUGAUCAUCAAGCAGGAAAUGCUUCAGAAAGAAUCUGGAAAACAGAGCCUUUGCAGACUAACUGUGCUUAUGUUGGUGACAUCAUGGACAUUCCAGGAACCUCUGUUGCCAUUAGCAACUGUGAUGGUCUGGUAAGACUUAUUCCCUUUUGUGCGCAUGUGUUUGCAGGUGUUAGGGAGUACAGCAUGGUUUCAGGGUGGCUUAGUAGGUAGAGGUAGAAAGGAAGUCUUAUUGUUAUA